AUAAAACAAUAACAAAAACUCAAUCUUUUUACCAACGUAACUGGUAUCGUGCCUAUUAACGUAGCGACGAUUAUUGCUUCCAUCGUCAACUGCGGCCUUCUGUGGGCGCGUCUCAUCUCUCAUCAAUCUAUCUAUCUUCGAGCCGCAUCAAUCUCGUACGGUACGGUAGGCAAUCCAUACAGGUAGCGCCACCAUCACAUUAUCAUAAUUUUUCUUCGAGAGGGACAUUAGAAAAACAAUCAUUGGUAGCAUAAAACAAACGAACGUAGCAACCAUGGACACUGCUGCCACCAAACGAAGUUUCGAUGCCGUUGACAACGUUGAGGUGAAGGACGAAUUCGAAGCUCCCAAAGACGAUACACCUUCGCCGCGCAAGAAACGACGGGGUGAUGCGUCUAGUACUGAAGACGAGGAUUCGCCCCCUGAUUCCCCCAGAGAAGAGAGGAAAUCAGAGACGGAUCAGGAAGAUGAGCAAGACGGCAAUGUUGAUACUACUAGUAAUGGCGAGGAUGAUGAAGGAGACGAGGAUGAACAAGACCAAACAGAAAGUAAUGAAGAACAAUCACAGCAAAAUCCGUUCAUGGGAAACAAUGGGGCUCAGCAACUCCUACAGCAGCAACAACAGAACAUGAUGAGCAGCAACAUGAUGAACAACAUGAAUAACAUGGCCAUGAAUCCUGCCAUGUACAAUGGCAAUCCCAACAUGAUGCAGAUGAUGAUGAUGGGAGGUGCUGGAGGUCCUUUUGCUGGAUAUGGAACACCAGCACCCAAUUUCAUGGGGCCACCAGGACCUUACUUUCCCAAUGCAGCAGCAGCAGGAGGAUACCCCAUGCCAAUGAUGGGUAUGCAAUGGGCCAAUCAGUUUGGACCAGCAGCCAUGGGCAUGAAUAUGAACAUGAAUAUGCCUCCAGGGAUGCAACAAUUUCCAAUGGGUAACAUGGGAUACCCCAUGAACAACAAUCCAAUGGGGGCGCCGUUUGCGGGGCUACCAAACGGGCAACAGCAGCAGCAACAACAAAACAAUAACAGAACCAAUUCCUCGUCAGAUCAAGGCCGUGGGAACAAUACUCGACGAAACAACAACAACAAUAACAAUACCACCAGCAAUGACUCAUCUCCGCAACACAAAGCGUCCUCGGCACAAUCCAAUCAAGACAGUAACAACAAGGAAGCCAACAAUGGACUCUUGACGGGACGAAGUCCUACACUACUGUACAUGACUUGUGACGAUGACAGUCUUUCGGCCUUCCAAUGUAUGGUACGGAGACAAAUUGAACUAUUUGAAGCUCGGACGGAGGAUGUAGAAUCCAAUGCACAAGGACGGAACAAGCCCAUUGUACUGGGACAAGUCGGAAUUCGAUGUCGGCAUUGUACCAGCUUGCCACCCCGUCAUCGAGCUCGAGCAUCGGUCUACUAUCCAGCAAAACUGUUGGGGCUGUAUCAAGCGGCGCAAAACAUGGCAACAAUACACUUGUGUCAACAUUGCCAACGUAUUCCAGCUAGUUUCCGCACCGAACUAUGGGCACUUCGGGAACGCAAGUCAUCUGCCGGUGGUGGCAAAAAGUACUGGGCCGACGGUGCCAAGGUUCUAGGUGUAUACGAGGCCGACGAUGGUCUACGAUUUGAAAAUCGAUAAACGGAAGAGACAAUGGCACGACCGAAAAGGGGGCUACCUCAAUUAUUAUUAAUUUUAAAAUCGACAACUGUCACUCGACGCCGUGAGAUUUCGGUCCGUGAGAGUGUGAACAUUUGUACGUAUUACUGUGGAUAUCUUUUUGCACAUACACGAUAAUCGCAGUAACAACAGACGCUACC